CUGUCUGUGUUUGUGCGGACUCUCACAUGACCCGAGUGUUUGUUCCCGUGAUCAACAUUUCCAUAAUAACGCUUUCUGAAGUUGGACGCAGAUGGACGUGCUGCCGCAGACUUUGGACCCCUCGAUGAGGCAAAUGAAACAAGAAACAGACACGUUACAGAUGACUGAAGAGGUUUCACGAGGAGGUGAAGCAGAUGCAUUUCCUCACACUUCAGGUUUCACUGACCGGAGCGUCCAGUAUCAGUUUCUCCCCGAUGGCAGCAGCACGCAGGUUUAUCAGGUUGUUCAGUUGACUAAUCAGCCGCUGGUGGGUGGGGCAGUGGGCGUGGUCUCAUCUACUUCAUUUACUGGAGCCAAACAGGCUGUGAUCCAGAGUCCCUUCAGUAAUGGAGGCAGUCCUGUGGCAGAGACGAUCGGAGGCGAGGCACGCUUCUCCUACGUCCCACCGACUGCAGUAAGCGAUGCGACAGCCGCUGGAGUUUCGGCUCAUCCGGCAGAACCUGCAUGCUCUCACACAGCAGGUCAGUUCUACCUGAUGAGCACGCCGGAGGUUCUUCAGCCAGGCGGACCACGUACCAUAGCUCCCCGCACUCAUCCGUAUGCAGCAAAGAUUGAAGGGCUGCGUACACCGAGAGAUGAUCGCAGGAGGGCGCAACACAACGAGGUGGAGCGACGGAGGAGAGACAAGAUCAACACCUGGAUCGUGACGCUGUCUAAAAUCAUCCCAGACUGCAACAUGGACAGCACUAAAACCGGAGCGAGUAAAGGUGGCAUCCUGUCCAAGGCCUGCGAUUACAUCCAGGAGCUGCGGCAGAGCAACUGCAGACUCCACGAGAGUCUCCACGAAGUGAAGAGAGUCCAGAUGGACAAUGAGAUCCUCCGACAGCAGGUGGAGGAGCUGAAGAACGAGAACGCUUUGCUCCGAGCUGAGCUACAGCAGCACCAAGCCGACACAAAAGCCACAGAAGUGCCAUCGCAUUGAGCCCGAGGACAGAGGUUCUUUCUUUAACAAACGAAGGACGAUUUUCCUCUCGCGGAUUUUCCCAUAUUAACACGGACCGAACGAGGAACAGGAAGGAGCGAUAUUCUGAAGCAAAAAGCGCUCUAUGGUAAACGUAUGAAAGAUGAAAUGAAAGACUGAGUGAGCUGUAGAACCCGGACACCUGCUUUAGUUUAUUCUUGUCUAUUUAUUAAGCUUUACUGUGAGAACUUUGUGAUUUCUUAUGUCAGAUUUGACCUUUUUUACCACUUUUUUUUAUAACUUUGUUCACUUUUUUGUUUCAGUAUUGCUAUUAUUUUGCUUCUGUUUGUAGUUUUUAGCUCAAUUAGCUUAAUUCAUUCAGUAUGUAACAAUAAUUCUAUAUUAUUUGACCCUCACUGCAACUGACCUACCGUUCAUUUCAAUGUACACCCUUCUAACACCCAUUAAAGGAAAACUCCAGAGCUUUUCAACUUUAUCUCUAUCCACUGCAUCUAAAAACAGAUCUAGAAUUUCAACAGCUUUCCCUGUACAACAACAACACAAAUUUAUUUUUCUGGAAAUGUCUAAGGGCAGAAGCGUGAGGAAAUGUUUUUAUAUAGUUAUUUUUAUAUUAAGUCUAGCUUUAUAUAUAACAGUUAUACAAUUAAAUAAUACAAUAAUAUGAUAAAAAAAAUGUUUUCCUUUUUCUAGGUGCAACUAACUAACUAAAAUUUCUUCCAGUCACGUCUCUGAAAAGAAAAAAUGUACAGAUUUAGAAGUUUCAUUUCACUGAGAAAUAUCUAUAAAUAAGACACUGGACUCAGGAGAAGGUUUAGGAUUCAUAUUAAUGGAGGUUUUAUUGACAGUAUCAAUACAUCGACCAAAAAAAGCUAAUUAAAAAAAACUGGCAAAGCAGGAAGUCAGUAAACAUGCAACAAACAACAGAACCAGAGAAUCAAUCCAAACAGUAGUAAAAAGAACAAGCUCUAAUAAAAACUGAGCCAACGCUGCCUUCAUCCUCCAUCGGAAUUAUCCUACUUCCCCCUUCUGAAGUGGUUAUCACGAGUAUGUCAUGUUUACAUGUAGGACAUGAUAUAAAGCAUGGAUGACUUCAGGUUCAUUCACAGGUAUUUCUUUAUUCUUUUAAUUUCAACACAUCUAACUUAGCUAGCUAGCUUGUUGCCAAUUUUCGAAUUUUGGUCAAAUGCAUGCUAUUUAUACUGCGUAAAAACAUACAACAUGAGUAGAACGGUUGCUGAUCUACAUAAAUAAACAAAACCUGUCAUUCAGUACACAAACUCUCCUCUGCUGUGUUGAAAAUUUAAGUCUCCUCCCAUCAUGGAAACUCUCCGGUCUCAGUGAUUGUCGUAAUUACGACUUAAGGGGUCGUUCAUGUUUAACUUCCUAGUGGAAGACUCAUAUUUACUGUAAUAAUGGUUGCAAUUGAUGGCAGGAUUAUACAGAGUGCAUAAAAAGAGGAUGUGAACAGGAAAUUUGGUCAAAGAUCUGAGGAGAUUGUGACCUCUGCUGGCAGGGAGGGAUAAUAUACUGAGCUGGUGUUUUGCUUUGACUGAAGAAUGUCGUAAAAAAUUGUGUCUAUUUGUGGAAAUUAUCCAGUAGCAUUAAAGUUCAGCGAAAGUUUUGGGUUUUUCGGAAUGUUCUUCUAUCAUGACGGGGGAAGUACAGUAUGUAGAUGUUUUGUUCCACACACAUGAUACAGAUUGAGAUGAUGAGACGAACAUGAGGCUUUAGAUUUAAUUCUCGUGUUACGUCUAAAGCUAAAACAGCUGCAUGCAGCCAUCUGACAGGGCAUGGAGUCGGUGAUGGAUAAUAAUCCAUGUGUAAUGAAACUCACUCUCACACCUUAAUGGGCUAAACAGGCUGAAUUUGUCGCUAAAAGCUCACACAUUUCAUGUGUGAAAAUGCAGUUUUACAACUGAGGGAUCUGUUACAUUUCUCUCCACCAACGAGCCUUCAGGCAAUCUGGUUGCGGUUAGAGCUCUUUUUUUUUAUUUAGUAAUUUUACUUCUGCAGUAUCAGCGAAAGCAGCUUUUCACACAUGCUGAGAUGUUUAAAAGGAACAAUUUGGACAAAAAUGGUUUCCUUUUACCCCAGAACAGUAGGUUGGAAGUGAUUCAGAUGAUAAUAUUGUUCCAGUUGAUUUGCACGGUAGAUUUUUUUAUUUUUCUGCCCAUUCUGCUAUUUUAUCAAACUGUUUACGUACAAAUGGUAUUACUGAUUGCGAUCUGUCUCGUGAAAGAGACGGUCUUCUCGAGAUUACGCUUGCAGUUUGCAUGAUGGUAAGCUUGAGGCUACAAGCAUCCAUUGCUUGUUAUCUGCAUUAGCCUUAGAAGCGUGGUGCUAAAAAGUAAAGAAGCGAACGUCAGACACAGAAAUGUCUUGGCUGACUGACUACAUUUGGAUGAAUUUUGGGAAUUGGCUAAACUCUUCUUGUCACCGCCGAUGUCAAAAAUGUAUGAAAAUAAGAAGUGGAAGGUGUUUUUUUCCUGUUUUGGCCAAUUUAAAACUUUUAAUUUUUAGGAAUAGAUUUCAAUCAUUCUCUGUUAUUAAAAUAAUCGUUUGUAAUAAGAACUUAACAUUUCAUAAC